AAAAAAAAAAGCAGCCCACAUGACCCGGGCCGCGGCGGCAGCAGCGCAGGCUGGGCGCGGGCUGGCGGCGCCUCCCCCUGCUAGGUCCGGAGCUCACACCCGCGCUCGCGCCGCCCGCCUGCCCCGCGCCCUGCGCUACACGCCCCGGCGCCCCCCCCACCACGGCCCGCGCCGCCCACGUCCACGUUCACGCGCGCGGCCUUGCGCUCCGGUGCGGCGGCGGCGGCGGCUGCUGCUGCUGGGUUGCCUUUGCUGUCGGCUUUACACGCAGGUCAUUAACGAGGGGGCGUGCCCGAGGAGAUUUUUCCCAUAAAGCAUUUUCUCUCUCUCUCUCUCUCUUUUUUUAACCUCUUUCGCAAAACUGACUUUUACCUCUUUCCACUUCUCGCCAGUCAUUUCAAUCCCUCCUGGGCUGCUCGUGCUGCUGCUGCCGCCGCUGCACUCAAGUUUAUUUUCCCGCCUGGCAAAGGCUUUAGGAUUCGGUUGGUGCUUUUCACCUCUUGUUGCUGCUGUGCCCAAGGAGGGAAAGAGGAGCAGCUGCAGGAGGAUCAGGAAGGUUUUCUGAUGUAGUCAUCCGGGAGGUGCCACUCGCUCCUGCGCUCUCUCGCUCGCUCUCCUCCUCCUCCCUUCUUUUCUCCCCCCCUCUUUUCCCGUUUCAAACUGAUUGAUGCAUCUCUACAAGUUGCCGGGCUUGGGGCCGGACCCGUUGGAGUCGCAGGGACACUUCUGAGCGCGCACCCAAGGCUCUUGGCACCGCGUCUGGGGGGCUCAGUGUUGCUCCCGAAAGGCGAUCGGAGACUGACAUCAGCCCGUCCAGGAGUUGGAGGGAUUCAUUUAAAAGUGAUUGUUUUCCCUCUCGCUCUCCAGCCCAGCAGUUGGGUUGGCGUCGUCCUGCAGGUUUGGGCAUCCCAGCUCCGCCUCGCUGGCUGGUUCGUAACCUCUGCUCUUCAUUCACUGUGGUGCACCCACACCCGGCCAAGAAAAGCACGCGCGAGAAAUCCCCGAGGCUCCGACAGCGCCCGGGGUGUCGUCUCCCGCCGCCGCAGUCCGACUCCGCCGGGGGACCUGCCGGAAGACACGAAGAGCCAAACUUUUCUUUGAGGUUCGCAAGGCAAGACCGCUCCUCGCCCGCUGAGCUGCCGCUUAAGCAGUUCCAGGACGCCGGCGGGGCUGGGUUUGUGGCCCCGGAUCCCCACCCUUCUCGGCACACCGCCCUGAACUCGCAGCACCUACGACUCCUCCGAGAUUUCCAGGGGUCUCCUGGUUAAGGCACGGAGGAGGCGCGGGAAGGGGGUCCUCACACUCCGGGGCCACAGGCGCGAAGCCCUCCAUCCACACGGAGACCUCCUCCUGCAGUUUCUCACCGGCCGCUAAAGUAACUUGGAGCGAAGCGGGGCGCACUGCGAGGGCCCUGGGCGGCGGCGGAGCCGUGCGCAGCCAGCGGCGCCGACGCUGAGCCGGGCCCGGCGGGCCAGUGUAUGUCUCCCCGCGGCCGCGGCGCGCAACUCCCGGUGACUGUGCAGCGUGCGCCGCCGCCUGCCCCGACCCGCGGUGCCGCCGCCCGGCCCGGUGCGCACCUCCUUCUCCCGGGGUGACCGGCCUGCCGCCGCCGUUCGAGACACAGCUUGGCACUCCUUCCCCCGCCCUCGCCGCCGCCACCACACACGCAUGCUUCUCUCCAUCUUGUGAUUCCUUUUUUCCUUCUGAACCCUUCAGUGGGGGUGCGAGUUUGUCUUGCCCCCCCCCCCCACCGUCUCCUCUUCUCGUUCUCCUUCCCCUCCCCAGCUUGGUGUGCGCCUCUUUCUUUUCUCGUCACUCUUCAUUCUUAUUUAUUCAUAUUUAUUUGGCUCCUGCUCUCUUUCUCCCCUUCCCUCCCUCCCUCCGGAUCCCUGCUCUUUCCCGGGAGCGGCUUGUCGGGGGCUCCGCCGCUGGCCAGGCGUGAUGUUGCACGUGGAGAUGUUGACGCUGGUGUUUCUGGUGCUUUGGAUGUGUGUGUUCAGCCAGGACCCAGGCUCCAAGGCCGUCGCCGACCGCUACGCCGUCUACUGGAACAGCAGCAACCCCAGAUUCCAGAGAGGUGACUACCACAUUGACGUCUGUAUCAAUGACUACCUGGAUGUUUUCUGCCCUCACUAUGAGGACUCGGUCCCAGAAGACAAGACUGAGCGUUAUGUCCUCUACAUGGUGAACUUUGAUGGGUACAGUGCCUGUGACCAUACUUCCAAAGGGUUCAAGAGAUGGGAAUGUAACCGGCCCCACUCUCCAAACGGACCGCUCAAGUUCUCUGAAAAAUUCCAGCUUUUCACACCCUUCUCCCUAGGAUUUGAAUUCAGGCCAGGCCGGGAAUAUUUCUACAUCUCCUCUGCAAUCCCAGAUAAUGGCAGAAGGUCCUGUCUAAAGCUCAAAGUCUUUGUGAGACCAACAAAUAGCUGUAUGAAAACUAUAGGUGUUCAUGAUCGUGUUUUCGAUGUUAACGACAAAGUAGAAAAUUCAUUAGAACCAGCAGAUGACACCGUACAUGAGUCAGCCGAGCCAUCCCGCGGUGAGAACGCAGCACAAACACCAAGGAUACCCAGCCGCCUUUUGGCAAUCCUACUAUUCCUCCUGGCGAUGCUUUUGACGUUAUAGCACAGUCUCCUCCCGUCAGCUGUCACAGAAAAGCAUUAGGGUCUUGGAACACCAGAGAUCCACCUAACUGCUCAUCCUAAGAAGGGACUUGUUAUUGGUUUUUUUGGCAGAUGUCAGAUUUUUGUUUUCUUUCUUUCAGCCUGAAUUCUAAGCAACAACUCUGGGCCAGGAGGGGCUAAAGUAGUUGCUGCUCCCCUGCCCUGCCCCCAACCCCCAGCCUUUGCCCUUGACUUCUCUCAUCCCUUCCAAAUUAAAUGGACUCCAGAUGAAAAUGCCAAAUUGUCAUAGUGACACCAGUGGUCGUCAGCGCCUGUGCAUUCUCCUCUAAGAGCCCACCUCCGUUAGCGUACUGUGACAGCGGUAUACGGACAAGGAAGAAUAGCGGCAGAUGCGGCUAGUGAUGGCAAUGCCCGGGAGGGUUUUACUCUCCCAUCCAAUAUUUAUGCCUUCUCGUUCAGGACUGUAAGAUGAUCGUGCAGGGCAUCGUGUCGCCAUGUCAAGUCCAGAGGGGAGGUAUUAAGAACAGAUAUAAUAUUAUACCCUUUCCUCUAGGAGUAUAUAAAUGAACAGGCUUCUGAAAGGUUAAGACACCGGUUUUUUGUUUUGUUUUGGUUUUGGUUUUUAGGGUUAUUUUUUACAAUGACUGUCUUAAAGCACUCUUGACAGCAAAACUUGUGCUCCACGAAAGAAGCCUUUUCUUUCCCCCUAGAAAACAGGUCCGGUGCGGGAAUGCUAGCUAGCACAGAGCAAGGGUGAAAAGAGAGAAAACUAGGUUUGGUGGGGGUGUGUACGUGUGAGUGCCUCUAAUUUUUUUGGUGACUGGGCAAUGCACACCAGGUUUUUUUUUUUUUUUCCCCCCUUGGAAUACAGAUCACCAUGGUGCUACAGUUUUUUGUUUUUUUUUUUAAAGAAACUCAAAGAGGCAUUUUUAUGAAUAAAGUGACCUUCCCCAAGGCUGACAAGCCAGGGUUGAUGAGUGUAUAAUGGAAUAGCUUUGGAUACUCCUCUGGGGGACAAUAUGUACCAAGGAAAGGAGGUCAGCGGCCAGAGGAGAUGUGAUUUGGCUUUGCUGGAGCGCCAAUGUGCUGUGGCCUUUCCCCGACUCCCACCCUAGUACCCAUGUUUUGCUCCACACUCCACAACUACAGGGGCUCGACACACACCCCUGUCACCAGGAGAGUCAGUCAGCACUACUUGGGAGGGCUAAAGGGAAAUUUGGAAUAAAAAUUCCAAAGUUUGGAAUAAAAAAUUCAAGUGUUGAUUUUAUAUUCUUUCCCUUUCUGACACAGCCUGAAGCAUAGGGGGAACAUGUGUUUAUCUGUGGGAGAUAAACAAGAUGGAGUCCCAAAGACUUUAACAAAAUAUUUUUUUAAAAAAAUCCACUAGAAUAGAAAAUACAUUAUUUAGAUAUACUUUAUGCUGAGAGUGAGUAUAUAUGCUUGUCCUAUUUAAACUUGUGAGAAAAAAAGUGGUAUCCCUUGAUACAUUUAGAAAUAUAGGGGGCUAUCUUGUUUCAUUGUGGGGGGUGGGGCAGAAGGAGAAAACGUAAGAUGACCCUGUUUGAGGAGUCUUAGCAUGGCCAACAAGGGCCAUUUCCAGUUGAUUACAGGAAGAACAAGCCUUGGGGGUUACUACUGGUGAGGCUGUCACAAACUUUGAACUCCAAAAGCCUAGACAGGGAAAAGUCAGACCAACGGAAAAGAAAUCUAGCCUUUUUACUAGUGCACGACAUGUCAACAGAAGCCAUGCCUUUCAGAACAGAACGAAAAAUAAAUCCAAUGAUUAUGUAAUAUAUGAAAAAAUUGGAAGCAUUCCGGCAAAAUUAGUCUUUUUAAAAAUAGACAUAUUUGUUGGGGUUUUUUUGUUUUGUUUUGUUUUGUUUUAAUGUCUAUAUGAAAAAAGAGAGGGGUCGUAUACUGGCCAGACUUCAUGAGUGGGAAUUUGCUACGAAUUGUGACUAGUUCUGAAUUAGAAAAAUGUGUGAAUGAAAGGCAGCUGUAAAGGGACUUGCACCCUGGAGAGUUGUACACAUGUUGAAAUGUAAUCUGGGCUUACCUGAUCCAUUUGGAAUGGAUGUUACUGCCGGGUCUCUUCACACUUGGAACCAUGGGAGUGGGGUUGCCAGCCUCCCAGACACAAUCAGUGCUGCUCCCCCAGACAUCAGGAACUUCUCUGGAGUGGCAAAGUCUUGUCACAGAAGGCAGCCACCAUUUCACUGAAACAAAAGUUCACAGCAUUGGAUUCUUUUUUCCUUUAACUCUUUAUAUGCUCAGUACUCUCAGUAAUAUCCAGUAAUACUUCGUUUUAUUAAUAGUUACAGGUUUGUUGGUCCGGUGGGAUUUGAGUGGGGGUGGGGGGAAGAUACCUGCUAAAAUGGAUCAAUAGUCAGAACCAAAAUAAUACUGCAUGUUCUAUAACCACAAGGAAAUCAAAUGAUCCUGUAAUGAUUCCAGUUAGUCAUAACUACAUUAGCAGUGCUAAUUUCAUUUUAGAAAUGGUGACUUCUGUGGUUUUGCUAGCAUUUGUCUCUAACAAAUGAUAAAAUAAUUACUCAUGGCCCUCUCUGCCACUGUCUUUCAUUUUUCACAGUGAAAUUAGGCCCCUUUACUUCAUUAUGCCACUACAAAUUAAGUUUAAAAAAAAAAAAAAAAAAAAAGCAAGACUAUCCACACCAGUAGACAGUGUGCUUCUCUACCUUUAAGUGAUGUAAUUGUAGGUAACGCGUGCCACGGAGUUUCCAAGAAAAUGAUGGGUAUCAGACAGUUUUCAUCUUGUCCAGAAAUUGCUGGUGGCCUUGUUAUGGUGGUGUUACAACCCUCUAGGGGCUUCGGAGGAUGUCGAUGCAAUUUUGUAGCAGCUUUUAAUUUAAAAACAACAACUCAAAAGUCUGAAGGGUGGCCUGAGCUGCCUCUCAGCCCCAGUAAGUCAAACCCCAGCAACCUUUGCCCCUGGUUGCCAAGGGCUUUGCAACAUGAAGCAGGGAAAUAAGGAUCUGUCUGUUUAGUGGAUACCGUGUAUCCUUUAAUAGACCAGGUAACAGUUCGUGUUAGUUUAGACUAUUGUUUUGUACUGUACUUUCUUGGGUGGCAGAGGAAAGAAAAGUAAAACAUUAAAAAAAAAAAAAAAACAAACACAAAACUGCGUUCUUUAAAUUCUGUAUUAUUAGCGACCUCUGUUGUAUAUAGUGUUUGAUAAUAAAGUAUUAAUUUGAUUCUUAUGUCUUUUGUAAGUGAGAACAAUAGUCUUUCAGGAUACAAAACAUGCAUUGAGGCUUUGAAACAUCCACUGUAUAUGUAGCUGAGAAGAGUCACAAGUGGCUGAGGCAGUGCUCCACACAGGACUCAUGUGCGGUCAUCGCCCUCCCAGUCGUUAGGACUCCACCAUCUUGGGACCAGGAACAACAUGAAUUUUUGAUCCAUAUUUUAUCCUCAGUGUUUUCAAGGUCUGAUGUUGGGAACCCUGUGGUGUUUUUUUUUUUUUUUUUUUCCUCCCCUGGCAUGUUGGUUUAAAAAGGGUUAGGGAAUUUGGUAACAGAGUUCUGUACUUUGUUUUGGUUUUCUGUCUGUGGUGGUUUUCAUAGACCGUUUCAUUUUUCCUCAGGAAGAGAUGCCAGUAUCACACGUGGCCCAAGCAUGGGAAAGGCUUCAAGCCUGGCCAUUUAGGAAGGUUAAGUGUGGGCAGUUUCCCUCUGCCAUUGUGAAAGGAAGAGUUGCACAGUACCUGUGGAUUUUCAGGGACUUUGUUUUCCUCUGGUGCCUUAGCAACGGCAGCAGCCAUUUUUAGGAGUUUACCCCCAAAUUAAUUAAACCAUUUAAACUCCCCUCCAUUCAUUGCUUUCAGAGCUCUGGUCAGUCAUUUUUCUUUUGAAAACCACCUCCACCAAGACCCCCGUUUGCCUACCGCCACCACCCCCCCUUCACCCCCCCUUUAUUAUGUUUACUGGUUUUUUUUUUUUUUUUUUUUUUUUUUUGUCUUUUUGCCUUCCUCCCAUGUUUUAUUUUCCCUCAGAACCGUGAAUGGGCAGGUCUGUCUCUGGUUUGGCAACACUGAGUUUUUCCCAUGCAUUUGCCCAAGAGCUGCUCGGAUGUGAGAUAAAUCUCCCUACAGUGGGCUUGCUCCCAUUGUCUGUACAGAGUAAUAGAUGCUGGCAUGUUGGAGGUUACCCAUGAGUCAAAAUUCACUUUCCAUGCUUACUCUUGACACCCCCAUUGCAGCCACUCAUUGUUGUGUGCGUCUGGGUGUGAAGUCCAGCUCCGUGUGGUCUUGUGCUUGUACUGCCCUGCUUUGCAGUUCCUUUGCACUUACUCAUCGAGUGCUGUUUUGAAAUGCUGACAUUAUAUAAACGUUAAGAAAAAAAAAUGUAAAAAAAAAAAAAAAAAAGAACCCACACACAAACCAACCCAUACAAUCUGUAUUUGUAUAUACACGUGUCCGUACAAGUAUACCUAAAUAAAAAUUAAAGAUUUUCAUCAUUUUAA